AUGGCACUACGAAGUCGAAUCUCAUCAAGGUUUCUUGUCAACGAAAUCGCCACCGCCAUGUCGGAGGAUUGGGGAACUUCUCGGAAGUUGAUGCGUUACCAACUCGCCAAAGAAAGCUUCAACUGGCGACACCCGCUGGGCGCGAAACACGGUAAAGGCGACGCUAUCGAACUGGUAAGCCUCCGUAUUACCGAUAUGUGCAACCUCCGUUGCCAUUCUUGUGGACAAUGGGGCGAUAACGGUUAUCUUGUCGGAGAAUCUCUCAAAGAUCUCAAACAACGCGAAGUCCCCGUCGAAAUCUAUAAAAAUCUCGUCGACCAGAUUGUCGACGAAGGAUGGUCACCGGUCUGGUACAUCUGGGGUGGCGAACCGAUGCUUUACCCCGGACUCAUCGAAUUGAUGCACUACAUCAAAGAUCGGGGAAUGCCGAUAUCACUCGUUAGCAACGCGACGAACAUCGCAAGACGCGCCGACGACAUCUUGGAAACCUGCAAAAUUAUCUACCUGAGCGUCGAUGGACCGACUGAAGAAAUUCACAACACGCAGCGUCCGGGUGUCUCUGAAAACUAUGACAACUUUAAGGAUGUUAAAGCCGCAUUAGAAACGCUGAGUGCAGAGAAAGAGAAGCGGAAACAGGCAUUCCCUUAUAUUAUCCCGCUGAGCUGCGUCACAAUGUAUAACAUCGAUUUUGUCGUGGAUCUCUAUAAAUUCACCAGCGAAUAUGCCGACGCGCAAAUUUUCUAUCUGACAUGGUGGAUAGAUUCCGAAUCCGCACAGGAACACACAGAGGAGUUUGAAAAACGCUUCGGAUUCAAACCGCAAACCCAUUACGGCUGGAUAGGCACAUGGAAAGACUUUGACCACGGUGCAAUCUUAGAUCGCUUCGAAGAGAUGGAAAGCCUCUCCGACAAGCAGCAACGCUGCCCACCUAUUAUGAUGCCGAGGCUAAAUACGAAAGGCGAAAUCCAACGUUAUUACACAGAUCAUCAGGAAACCUUCGGGUACAACCAGUGUGUCAGCAUCUACAUGACAAUGGAGGUCGAUAGCAACGGUGACGUUAGCCUCUGUCGCGAUUACCACGAUUACAUCAUCGGCAAUAUCAAGACGGACAAGGUUGUCGAUAUGUGGAACAACCAGAAGGCGAUGAAAUUCCGACAAUCCGAUAACGGGUUUGAUGCCGUUGAUAUUGGAGAAACGACCCCCGAAAUUGUCCAAACCGCGAGAGAUGCCGGUCUCGAAAUCGGCACAGCGGAUCUCCCCGGUGUCAGCGACUUACUCAGCACAAAAAAAUCUAAACAGAGAGCGGGCGCUUCGGCAGCAAAAGCCGCCAUCGAAGCCGCCGCUGACAACGAUGUUCAUAUUAUGUUCUGCGUCUUUGUCCCAGAAGAUGCCAGUCUCGGCAGAGCAAAAAACUUUGACAUUUGGAAGCAAACUAUCCCACCUAUCGCCGAAUUCGCCGACUCUAAAGGUGUAACCAUCGCGGUAGAGGGAUGGCCCGGUUCCGGUCCCGCCUAUCCUGCCCUCGGUUGCACGCCGGAGAUGUGGCGUGCGAUGUUCGCGGAAUGUUCAUCCCCGGGAUUAGGACUCAACUACGAUCCAUCGCACCUCGUCAGAAUCGGUAUCGACUAUCUACGAGCCCUGAACGAAUUCGCACCGUACGUCAAACACGUCCACGGGAAGGACACCGCCUUCGACGAAGAGGCACUCUACUUACACGGCAAUUUGGGACCGAGUUUUCAAUCUGCACGCGGUUUCGGUGAAGAUUGGUGGCGUUAUACCAUCCCGGGCGACGGAAUAGUGGAUUGGCUGAGAGUGGUUCAACGCUUAGAAGACGAGGGUUUUGAUGGCAUCGUCAGCGUAGAACUUGAAGAUUACCGGUAUUGGCGAACGUGGGAAGCAGAAUCGGACGGUCUGCGCCGUUCACGCGAAUUCCUCGCGGAAUUUGUUCGGUAA